GCUUAUGACCGUCGUAUUCCCUAUGGUCUCUUGCUUCGUUUCUUGUCGUUCGUCAGUGUCCCUUCUUAUACCAUCAACGGGGUGUUUGUAGGAGCAUACACCAGGAACAACACCACCCAAGCAGCCCCGAAUAGGAAGCAUCAAACAUGGCGACCAUCAAUGGGAUCGCGUCGGAAUACUUCGAGCCGCCCAACAGCCUCUUGGAUAUGCCGGAUAGCAUUUAUCACGGACUUCUCGCGAUCGGCACUUUCGCUACCAUAUCACUAAUAUUUACGAGUGUGCUCCUGAGCUUCAUCUCAUGGCGAAUGAUUACGUGGAAAUCCCAUUAUUCCCGCGCCGUCGGUCGAAACCAGUCGAUCGUACUGAUUUACCAAAUGGUUCUGGCGGACUUCUUACAAUCGCUGGGCUUUUUGAUAUCGUUCCACUGGGCGGCGGAGCGUCGGAUUAUUGGACCGAACGGAGCUUGUUUCGCGCAGGGUUGGCUCAUUCAGCUUGGAGACGUCGCGAGCGCGUUCUUCGUCCUCGCCAUCGCGAUACACACGACGUAUCAAGUCGUCAUGUCCAGGAGCGUGUCAUACAAAACCUUCCUUUGCUGCAUAUUCGGAAUCUGGGGACUUGCUGUGGUCCUUACUUCUCUGGCUCCCAUAAUCGGCGGGCGUUUUGUGUUUUUGAGAGCUGGCGUCUGGUGCUGGAUAUCGACAGGCAAUAAAGGACUACGUCUUUCUAUCCAUUACAUAUGGAUCUUCAUCGUUGAAUUCGGUUCUAUCAUCGUUUACGCCACCGGUUUCUAUUAUCUCUACCAUGCCAAACGCUCGGACAAGGUUAUAAUUCCCGCACGCAGCGCCGAAACCAUGCGUAAAGCCCGAACGGCUAUGCUGGCAUACGCGAUGGUUUAUACUUUCCUGAGUCUUCCGCUUGCUGCCGGACGUAUGGCUGCCAUGUCGAACAAUGAACUAUCCGACGAAUAUUAUUUGUUUGCCGGUGCGCUCUUCACUUGUUCCGGUUGGGUCGAUACCCUGCUUUACACCUUUACCCGACGGGCUCUACUAUUUGACGAAUUGGAUGUUUACGGCCGUCGCCAGACGACUCGUAUUGAAGACGGCAGUCACGCCAAGGACGCGGGAUUCCAGCGACAGAGCAGCACGGACAGCAUACUCGCUAGUAAUGGUUUCGGAGGCACCGGCGGAAUUAAGAUGGAGACGACCGUGAAGGUGGAAUUGGAUGACUUUGACAGCAGUAUGAGUAAUGGAGGGAAAGCGCCGAGGCAAUACUACGCAACGGUCGAGGCAUUCAAGCCAUGAGUAAACAGAUCGGAUGCGGAGGAAUUUCAACGAGAUACUAUGGAUAUGAAUUAUAGUAUCGCUUGUCAAGGUGCUACAUGCGUUUACGUAGUUGAACUACGUAUACAUAAACCAUCUAAACAAGCAACCUACUAGGUAUUUAAUGAUCUUUCUAAUUAUAAUGAGG